UUGAAUACUUCUUUUGACUAAAUGAAUGAUGAUAGGCUUGUUUGAUUGUUUGUUCUUUGACAGAAACAUCUGUUGCUUGAGAGACUUCUGAGCACCUUCACUCUGCUUCCUAACCCGAAGAAGCGUGCCAUGUCUUUGCCACGCACACUUGGGGAGCUGCAGCUCUAUCGGGUGCUGCAAAGGGCCAACCUGCUGGCCUACUACGAAACCUUCAUCCAGCAGGGUGGCGAUGACGUGCAGCAGCUCUGCGAGGCGGCGGAGGACGAGUUCCUGGAGAUCAUGGCCCUGGUCGGCAUGGCCACCAAGCCACUGCAUGUGCGUAGGCUGCAGAAGGCCCUCCGAGAUUGGGCAGCGAAUCCUGCCCUUUUCAGCCAGCCCGUCUCCAGCCUGCCCUCCCUCGGGGGGAUCCCGCUGUUUAAAGUGGACAGCACAGGUCCAAGCGGAUCUGCGGGUGGACCGAGGAAGUCUUUGAGCAACGGGCAGCCGGGGUCACCGUCCGAGCGGGAGGAUCGGGCGUGUCUUACUCCCAUGCACAGUGGGAGCCCCCGGAGCCCCUGCUCUCAGGCCUCCCCACAGCCGCCAGACUCACAUUACCGGGAAAAACUGUCCCCCAUGGACCCACACUGGCUCACCCCAGAGCCUGAUGGGAACGGCACCUUCGCCUCUGCACCAGGAAUCGAAGAGGAUCCGCCCAGCCCGCCACAUCUACACGUAUGUCCCCUCGGUCCCUCCACAUCUCCAAGCUCAUCUUCUGCCCCCACCCCUCUGUCGGCUUGGCCCGGAGGACAACUGGACGGGGAGACGAGCCGCGCCGUGGCGGAAAGCGUGGAGAGACUCCUCAGGACUCUGCCACGCUCCGAUCAGACGGAGGUGAAGAGUCUCCUGAGGAUAAACAAGAAAAUAGCAAAGACCGUGGGACACAUCUUCAACAUGGGCUCACAGGACGUGAAGAAGGAAGAGGAGAUUCGCAAGUAUAGUCUCAUCUACGGACGCUUCGACUCCAAGCGGAGAGAAGGCAAGCUACUCACACAGCAUGAGUUGAUCAUCAAUGAGGCUGCCGCCCAGUUCUGUAUGCGCGACAACGCCCUUUUACUCAGGAGGGUGGAACUUUUCUCUUUGGCUCGGCAGGUGGCGAGAAAAUGUGCCUACACCUCCACUCUCAAGCAUGCAAGGUCAAACGUGGAGGAGAACAGUGCGCCGUUCCAGAAGAGAGCGAGGCUUGAAGUGACUGUGCCUGAGAGCACUUCGUCACUCCUCGGAACGGACGGCGCUGAGACCUUAAACCAGAGGACCGAUGAGGACAGCUUGUCUGCAGAAAGUCCAGACAGCGUUUCACAUGACAUGGGCUCACAGUGCAACCAGUCACCAUCGUCGUGCCCCCCCACCGACAGCUCCAACCAGACCCCUUGGAGUCGCCAUCUCAUGCAACAAACGCUUAUGGACGAAGGGCUGCGAUUGGCUCGCAUGGUGUCGCAUGACCGGGCCGCCAAGGUCAAAUUAGGGUCAGAUGGAACUCACUCCACAGAGCAUGCCAGUAAAGUUCCGCAGCGGAGCUCGAUCACAGUGUGCCGGAGCAUCAGCCCAAACAUCACCAAAGAAAACACCAAUCACAGAGGGAAGUGAAAAAAUAAAUAAAAUAAAAAUUAAAAUUUCCAAUCCACACGGCCAAGGACGGGCUCAGGACACCACUGACAUGAAGAGCAUCCAAUGGCGAUAACAUCACCAUCAACUUCAUAUGAUGACAUUAUAAGCCUACAGUGAACUGUUUGGACAUGUUAAUGGACAUUUUGUUAUUAAAAGCAUUCAUUCUGCA